GAGUGGACAGAGAGAAGGGAACGGAUCUAAUCAUCGGUAUGGAAGCGAUCGCCAAACAUGACUUCAACGCCACCGCCGAUGACGAGCUUAGCUUUAGACGGGGCGAAGUGCUUAAGGUGCUCAAUAUGGAAGACGACACCAAUUGGUUUCGGGCCGAACUCGACGGUCGCGAAGGACUUAUACCCAGCAAUUAUAUCGAAAUGAAACCUCACGACUGGUAUUACGGGCGCAUUACCCGCGCGGACGCCGAGAAGCUGUUGUUAAACAAACACGAGGGCGCUUUCCUCAUCAGAGUUAGCGAGAGCUCUCCCGGAGACUUCUCCCUAUCCGUCAAGUGCGGGGAUGGCGUCCAGCACUUCAAAGUGUUGAGAGACACGAUCGGAAAGUUCUUCCUAUGGGUCGUGAAGUUUAAUUCGCUGAACGAAUUGGUAGAAUACCAUCGAAGCGCGUCUGUGAGCCGUUCGCAGGACAUUAAGCUCAAAGACAUGCAUCCCGAAGAAUUCUUGGUUCAGGCGAUGUAUGACUUCCAGCCCCAGGAGCCGGGAGAGUUGGAGUUCAAACGGGGUAACAUAAUCACUGUAAUCGACCGCUCGGACCAGAACUGGUGGGAGGGCGAGAUCGGCACCCGUCGCGGUUACUUUCCGGCCACUUAUGCGCUCCCAUAUCACGCAUGAGACCAAACCAUUAUAUGUCUGUCUGUCUCUCUGUGUGUCCGCGCGCUCUCUGACCGAAAUGGACGGACAGUUAUUAUUCCUUCAGUUUCUCUCUUCUCAACUAAUUUUAUGUCAAAUUAUAUCAUAUUUUUAUUAUUUUUUGUUUCGUUAAAUGAUUUAUAUAUUACACACGAAAGACGCGAUUAAUUUCUGAAUGAAUGGACACAUAACUAACAUUUAUAUACAAACACAUGGUCUUUACGUGUGUGCUGUUUGGCUCGUCAUUUGAUUAUUAUAUGAUUUCUCUGAUUAAUAAUUGAAUAAUAAGUCUCUUAUUUUUCUCUCUUAUCUAUCAUUUUGAUUGAAAUUAACGAAUUGUUUGAUGAAAAAUGAAAAGCAAACACAACGACAACGAUAUGUUCUGUCAAUUCUCAUCUCAAAGUUAUGCCUCAUAUGUAUUGACGCGAACACAGAGUGUUUAACAAUUUUUGUUUUGUAAACUGCUCUCUCCCUCAUCCCUGUCCUCCCUCUCCCGACUUCCCUCCCCCUCUCCUAAUCUCAAUUAUAUGUCUCGCAAUUAAAGGCCGAAAACUAUUUAAUAACUAACAACUGAAUUGUGAAAACUUGUAAUUAAAGUUUUAAUUUUGAUUUUCAUUAUUAUUUUUGCGCCGAAAACAAAAAGUAUAGCAAUUUUAUAGCCAAACAAAAUCUAUUCAUUUUAUUUUUUAUGAUGGAUAAUGAAUAUGAAUGUAAUGUUUUCGUCAGUUUAUAAAUUAUAUAUAUAUUUAAAUGAUAACAAAAGCAAU